AUGGGAGACCUGAAGUCAGGUUUUGAAGAGGUGGAUGGCGUGAGGCUCGGCUACCUCAUCAUUAAAGGAAAGCAAAUGUUUGCCCUCUCCCAAGUCUUCACGGAUCUGCUGAAAAACAUCCCGAGGACGACCGUGCACAAGCGCAUGGAUCAUCUGAAAGUGAAAAAGCACCACUGCGAUCUGGAGGAGUUGCGGAAACUCAAGGCAAUCAACAGCAUCGCCUUCCACGCCGCCAAAUGCACUCUCAUCUCCCGGGAAGACGUGGAAGCGCUCUACACCUCCUGCAAAACCGAGCGCGUCCUCAAGACCAAGCGCAGGAGGGUCGGCCGGGCCCUGGCCACAAAGGCGCCGCCGCCAGAGCGCGCCGCCGCCUCCGCCGCCGCCGCCGCCGCCGCCGCCAGCCCCCGCCCGGGUUUUUGGAAGGACAAGCACCAACUUUGGCGGGGCCUGAGUGGAGCCGCGCGGCCCCUGCCAAUCAGCGCGCAGUCCCCGCGCCCGGGCGCCGCCGUCGUGCGCCCAGCCGCCCAUCUACCUCAGAUUUUUAGCAAAUACCCGGGCUCGCACUACCCGGAAAUCGUGCGCUCGCCUUGCAAACCCCCUCUAAACUAUGAAACUGCCCCGCUCCAGGGAAACUACGUCGCUUUCCACUCGGACCCUGCUUAUUUUCGGAGCCUGCUGUGCAGCAAGCACCCGGCUGCCGCCGCCGCCGCCGCCGCCGCCGCCGCGGCCGCCGCCGCCGCCGCCGCCGCCGCCGCCGCCUACUACCAGGCGUCGGCGGCCGGGCCCCAACCCAAGGCGGCGAGCGCCGGAGGCCCCGUGAGCCUGACCUACCGGUGCAAGCGCAAGCGCGGGGGCGCCAAGGAAUGCCUGCUGGAGCCCCACGCCGGCGCCCGGCGCCUGCUUCUGCUGCCCAGGUCCUACAAAGCCAAGGCGGCGGCCGCGGCGGCGGCGGCGGCGGCGGCGGCCGCCGGGGCCACUUGCCUGGAGAGGUUUCAUCUGGUUAACAGCUUCUGCCCGCCUCCCCACCACCACCAUCACCACCACCACCAUCACCACCACCACCACCACCACCACCACCACAGGGCCCAGCAGCCGCAGCCGAAUCACCACCCCCCGCAUCACCACCGGCCACAGCCCCAUCUGGGCAGCUUUCCCGAGAGUUGCAGCAGCGACUCCGAGUCCAGCUCCUACUCGGACCAUGCAGCCAACGACUCAGAUUUUGGCUCCAGUUUGUCUAGCUCCAGCAACUCUGUGUCCUCGGAGGAAGAGGAGGAGGAGGGAGAGGAGGAGGAGGAAGAGGAGGAGGACGAGGAGGAGGGGGGCAGUGGGGCCUCGGAUUCUAGUGAAGUCAGCUCGGAGGAGGAGGACUCGUCCACGGAGUCGGACUCCAGCUCCGGCUCCAGCCAAGUGUCAGUGCAGAGCAUCCGUUUCAGGCGCACCAGCUUCUGCAAGCCUCCCAGCGUGCAGGCGCAGGCCAACUUCUUGUACCAUCUGGCCUCCGCCGCCGCUGCAACCAAACCCGCUGCUUUCGAGGAUGCCGGCAGACUUCCCGACCUCAAGAGUAGUGUCAAAGCGGAGUCGCCGGAGGAGUGGAAUAUGCAGAGCUGGGCCCCCAAAGCGUCUCCGGUGUACUGCCCGGCCAGCCUGGGGAGUUGUUUCACAGAGAUAAGGAACGAUAGGGUAUCUGAGAUUACAUUCCCACACUCUGAAAUUCCCAGUACUGUAAAGAGAACUGAGCUGACAAUUAACUGCCUGGCGGAGGGGGCCUCUUCACCUAGCCCAAAGACAAACAAUGCAUUUCCACAACAAAGAAUACUCCGAGAGGCUAGGAAAUGCCUACAAGCAACUCCUACUACAUGCUGUGCAGAUAACAACACAAUAGCUGCUAGGUUCUUAAGUAAUGAUUCUUCGGGAGUGGCAGCAAAUUCAGAAAAAGAUUCCAAAAUCCCUCAUUGCACUGAAUUUGCUACGGAUUUGCCCUCUUCGCCAACUGAUCCCGAGGUGGAUGCAGCAGCAGCAGCAGCAACUAAAGCCGAGAAUCCCUGCACUGACACAGGAGAGAAGACAUUGCCAUUUCUGCACAAUAUUAAAAUCAAAGUAGAAGACAGUAGUGCUAAUGAAGAAUAUGAACCUGACCUUAUUACAAAUAAGCUAAAGUGCGAGUGCAAUGAUACAAAGGGUGAGUUUUACAGUGUGACUGAAAGUAAAGAGGAGGACGCCUUGUUAACCACAGCCAAGGAAGGUUUUGCAUGCCCUGAAAAAGAAACUCCUUCCUUAAACCCACUGGCUCAGAGUCAGGGCCUUUCAUGCACUUUAGGUUCUCCAAAACCUGAGGAUGGGGAAUAUAAAUUUGGUGCCAGGGUGAGAAAAAAUUACCGGACACUAGUACUGGGAAAGCGACCUGGACUUCAGACACCUCCAGUCAAACCAAAUCUGAAAUCAGCUAGAAGUCCUCGUCCUACAGGUAAAACUGAGACACAUGAAGGAACACUGGAUGAUUUUACAGUUAUAAACAGACGCAAAAAGGUAGCCAGCAAUGUAGCAUCAGCAGUGAAAAGGCCAUUUAAUUUCAUGGCAAAUUUUCCUUGUCCACCAUCACUCAUUAUUGGGAAGGAUGGGGAUUUGUGGCCAGCGUAUUCCUUAAACACCACUAAGGAUUCCCAACCUCCUCACAAGGCCCAUCCUAUAUGGAAAUGGCAGCUGGGCGGUUCUGCAAUACCUCUUCCACCUAGCCACAAAUUCAGGAAAUUUAAUUCAUAA